AUGGUGACGAUUUGUACCUACAAUGCACGUACACUUGCAUCCGAGUCUUUGAUAGAAGAUUUGCUCAUGCAAGCAAGAAGAAUAAGGUACGACAUCAUCGUAAUGACCGACUACACCUAUUCAACGCCGUCUAUGACAUCGCAGAUGAACUGUUCCUCGGAAAAUGCGACAGUAGAGGAGUCGACGGCGUCGGCGUUCUCGUCAGCACGAGUUUGUCUAUGGACGUCGAUCACUCGAAUAACUAGCAAUCUGAAUCAGGAGUCUACGAGUUGA